AUGUUGGGAAAUGAGACCAAGGAAGAAGAAGUGCCGCCGGGCAUGAGCGCCGUGAAUUGCGUGGCAGCUUUUGCACAAUUUCACGCAAACUUGCGGACGAAAUCGGCGGAUUCCUUUUUUUUUUGCCUUCCCUUUGCCUGUCAGGAGCGUCCGCCGUCCGGACUGUCCGGCCGGACAGUCCCGCCUAGUCAGGACCGUCCGGUCGGACAUUCCUGCCGCCGUCAGGACUGUCCGGGCCCCAGUCAGGAGCGUCUGGCCCCCAGUCAGGAGCGUCUGGUCCCCAGAUGCUCCCGCCUGGGGGCCGGACACUCCGGACUGGGGGUCGGACGCUCCCAACUAGGUGAGAGUGUCCGGCCGGACGCUCCUGCCUACCCGGACGCUCCCGACUCCUACACCGGUGUAACCACGAAAUGCAUUCUCGAACAGCGUACGCGUCCUAUUAAUGCAGCUUUUCUAGCUCUAGUCGUUAUAUUCGUCCACGAAUUCCUGGAAUGUUGUCGGAUCCACGGGAAACCUAUUCAGAAAACGGCCCUGUACGAUUUGCGAUGCGGAAUCCGCGAUUCCGAAGAGAAGAAACUCAUCAUUAUACUAAUCUGUUUGACUUUAUGUUUCCCAGCGGCUCACAAUUGCACUGCGGAUUCCAACUGCUCCAGUGCCGAGUUUUGUCACGGAGGCGUUUGUGUGGAUCCCUGCAAGGUACUGAACCCAUGCGACAGAAGUCUAAGAAACGGCGUAUGCGUUGCUAAUGGGCACCGAGCCGUUUGUCAGUGCCCCCUCGGCUUCGUCAACGUCGGGCUGGAAUGUAAACCAGUCAAAUGCAGCCACCUUGGCGAGGAGCACAACUACGCGGACAGCGUGUACGAAAGCGACUGCCAGCAGAAGUGCACGUGCACCGCGUCCGGGGAAAUGACUUGUUCGAAGGACUACGCCUGUGCGCCCGGCUUCUUCCGCAGGGGCACCUACGCCAAAGACCCUCUGUGCUAUGAAGACGGGGAUGCGCCGUUCGCUGACCAGUGUUGCGUCACCGUCCUUUGCUCGAGUGCGAAAGGCAAAGGCACCGAGACACCCGGAUCCACGCCCACCAGCACGGAAAAGACGUCUUCCCCGAAAGAGGAACUGGUAUCGUCUGCGUCUCCGGCUAUUGAGGACACGUCCGACGCAACCCCGAAAAACGAAAGCGUUUCCGAGAAGACCCAAGUGGACGAGGCCUCAUCGUCAUCCCCGUCGUCGACCUCUGAAUCUACCACCGCGUCUACUAGUAGUGCUCCCACAACUGCUUCUACCACUACCGCUACCACCACCACUGAACCGCCAAGAACGACAACGACGACAGUGACAACUACAACGACAACCACGGAGAAGCCGUCCACGGAAUCACCCCCACAGGAACCGUCCCCGAGUGAAGACCAGUUCCCGUCUUCAGUGCUGGAGAUCGUUAGCAUUAGUCAUAAUCAGACUACUCUGCGAUUACCGGACACUCUGGGCGGACAAUUGUAUCUGGUGACGAGGGAGAGGUACGCAGGUAGUUCCACGCGUUGGGACCAGUUGUCCAUCCCCGCUGGGGCUCACUCCUACACCGUCAUGCAUCUCCUUCCUGGUACUGAAUAUCUCAUGCGUUGGAAUACGCCAGACUCCAUGACACCGGCAGCGUCUUUUCGUACCCAAGAUGGCUGUGUUGUGGAAGAUACAUCCUAUGGUACUGACGAGAGCUACUCAGUCGGGUGCGUGAGCUUGUGCAAAUGUCAAUCGAGUGGGAAGGUUGAGUGCACACAACGUUGUCGGCACUUGCGGGGUCAACUGGAGCUGGGUUCCGAUUGUCAGGAAGUUCCUGACCCGGCUGAUCCUCUUUGCUGUGUCGUGAAACAAUGCAUACCCUCUACGACAACGACGACGACGACGACUACCACCACGACUACAACCACGACUCCAGCACCUGUGAAAAUUGACGUCGUUGCGGACCCCAAAGAGAACAUAGCCGAAGGCCGUGACUUCGACCGUCUGCCAAAUCUCUUGGUGACGGAGACGACGUUCCAGAGCUUCACUGUAGCUUGGGACGAGUUUCAUCCGCGGUCUCACUCUCAAGGAUAUCUGGUCCAGUACAGGAGGGCGCCGGAAGUCGGUUCGACGGCGGUGAUCACGUGGCACGACAUCCCAGACAACGGCGAUCGGCCCCUAGUCAAGGUUGACGGCUUGCUGCCCAACACCGACUACGAAGUGCGCGUGUCCAUCGCUGGUGAUUUCCUGCCUCCCGUCUCUACUCCUACCAUCAGCGUUACGACCAAGAUGGGAUGCGUGCAGAAUGGAACGAGUUACGACGUCGGCGCCGAGACCCGAAUCAUGUGUGACAAACUUUGCCGGUGCUUGAAGAACGGGUCCAUGACGUGUUCUCCGAGCUGCGUGGCACCGUUUGUGCCCAAGGGUUCCGUGAACGUGACGAGCGAGUGCCAGGAGCGGGCUGACGGGGACGACGGCUGCUGCGUCAUCAUAUCCUGCACUCAGCCUACUUCCGCGUCCAGUACCACGAUCCCUACUGAUGCUCCAGGUGGUGAUGACGUAUGCAAGGCUGGCAACGCGACUUACAACGUCGGCGACGAGUUUUUCGACGGCUGUGAGUCAAGAUGCAUCUGCUCAGCGUCGUCGCAAAUAGAGUGUCAGCCAAGAUGCGCUGUGAGAACGCAUUCCUCGGUACCGCCUGGCUGUUCUUUGGGGACAGACCCCAAGGAUUCUUGCUGUUCGGUCAUAUCGUGUGAGAACGGCGUUGGCUCGGGAAGCCCUAUGCGAGACGGCAACAAAGUAUCAGUGCCAACGCUGCCUUUCGAGGGAUGCAUAUACAAGAAUAAAACCUACCAGAAACUGGAGCGGUUUCACGAUGGCUGUGAGCGCCAGUGUCAGUGCAUUGGGUACGACGACAUCUCGUGUCUACCAAGAUGUCCUCCGCUCCAAAACGCGACCGUGAAACCAGAUUGCGUCACACUUCCGGACCCAUUGGACUCAUGUUGUAAAGUAACAAUUUGUGGCUCUGCUUCGUUGGACGUGAAUCGAACGAAUCCUGUUUCUGGCGAACCAGCUGUCGACGAAAAUCCCUCCAAUCAACUCCCGAAUGACAUCGUAGAUCGCGCAGAUGUCACCAGAACGUCGUUUUCCGGAGUUGGUUUGUACUCGACGACGUCGAAUUCCCUGUCGUCGACCAGCACGAAUUCGCCGGUUGUCGGCGUGCCUGUCGAACUCAAGUCCGCAGUAUUUUUGGACCCUACCGUCGUUCAUUUGGAUAUUCAAAUAAAGGACGCCGUAGUCACGGCACUCGAGGACGGUUCUGCCCCGUUAAUUCUACACUACGGGACUGACUUGGUGCGCUUCAAACAGAGGUCCGUCUCUUGGACGGAUUUACGGAACAACGGGACAGCCGUGGAAACCCGCCUCCCGGAAAUGAACCCCGGCGUCCAGUACUUCUUCCAGCUGGAAUUCCAAGGGUCUCGGAGUGCGACGGUCACUGCUUCAGCGCCUGAGCAGCCACCUGCAGUCGACGUGACUUCCCCCCGAGCCGAAUCGUUUUCAAGUAUCGGGGUUGAGGCCAGAAGCUCGGUGUCGGAGAUGACGGGCUCAGCGAUUGAGCUGACGUCGAAAUCGACAGUGGACGGUCGCAGCAGUGGUUGUGAGAACGAAGGCGUCAUCUAUCCUGUCGGCUCUGAGUUUUACAUCGGUUGCGCCUCGAAAUGUUACUGCGCUGGACCGUCUUCCCCGCACUGCGUCCCGCGGUGCUGGAAGCAAUCAGUACCUUCGGCUGGAUCGAAUUGCACUGCUGGUCCUGAUCCGAAUGAUCCUUGCUGUACUGUCAUUCGAUGCUUCCAGCAGCAGCAAGUUGCCACAGUCCGUUCAGUUGUUGAUGUGGUUUCGAUUGGGAUUUUAGCUGCUCCAGAACCUGUAACCAAAGAAGAAAUCACGUCGCGGAAAGCGUCAGGGGUUGAAAUACCUGCGGGACCUCCACCAAACGGAUGCUUCUACAAUGAGAUACUGUUGAAAGUCGGUACGAAUUACACAAAGGGUUGCCAAACCUGCAUUUGUUUGGGCCCUGGAAUCGAGCAUUGCGCUCCGCGUUGCAAGUACACGGCCAGUUCCUCGGUCCCAGAGCCGGGUUGCGCCUUGGUACCUGUUGUUGGCGACGCCUGUUGCUUCGAGUUGAAAUGCCCGGAAAAGCGACCGAGGUUGGAGGAGAAAGAGGGAGAAGGCUUGGGGAAGGGUUGCUGGCAAAACGGCAAAUGGCUUCCAGUGUAUAAGCGAGUAUACGACGGAUGCAAAUCAUUUUGCAUGUGCGCACCCUCCGGGAAAAUGGAAUGCGCCGCCGUGGAAUGUCCGGAUACUUUCGCACUCGAGAACAUACAUCACGAGUGUUUCGAAUGGGGCCCGGUGCCCAAUGCGACCAUAGAACCGCCGGAUUGUUGUCCCGAGAAUGUGUGCAUCAACGAUGGAACCUGCGAAUUCAAGGGCAGAAAGUUUGGCAACUUCGAGCAAGUGCCGAUCGAGUUGUCCGGCUGCGAUCAAAAGUGCGAGUGCGAAUUCGGCUCGAUGGCGUGUCAUCGAAUGUGUCCGCCAUUGCCUUCAACGCCGCCGCUCACUUUACCCUGUCCGCCUCAUGUUGCUCAACUUAUCGUCAAUCCGGAAAACAAAUGCUGCAAAAUUUGGCGCUGUCCAGCCACGACGUCGACCGCACCGACACCAAUAACAUCGAAUUUGCUUCCAAACAACAUCUUCGACAAUCUUGAUGCAAGCUGUGUUUACGAGGGAAAGGAAUACAAAAUAGGCGAAGACUGGACGGAAGGACCUACCUGUCGACUCAAGCGAUGCAAAUGCUUACUUGAUCCGGACGGAUUGGCGAGAGCGCGAUGCGAAGGAGGCUGUGCUGAAAUUUCCGAGCGCCAACUAUGGCCGUCAGCUAGAUGUCCAUUCCCUCAGUUGAUUGAGUUCGACGAUCCCUGCGUUUGCCCCAGCGUCGCCUGUGGUCCUCCGAUUGAGGUAACACCAAGUACAACCGUUAGUUCGAGCACCACCGCUUCAACUACCACGCCGACGACGACGACUUCUACAACAACCACGACAGCGAGUACCACUGUGUCAACCACCACCACCACUGAAGCUCCACGGUCGAUUGAAAUCUCCGUAUCUUUGGAAGUUGUUUCUGUCGAACCUACGCGCGCAACAGUGAAGUGGAGGAAAUUCGCCGACAACGAGACCCAGUACAUUGAUGGAAUUCAAAUAAGAUACAGGAAUGCUCGCGAGAACUCGCAGGUCUGGAAAAUGACGCCUCUAUUGCACCGAGACCGAACGGAUUAUGAACUUCGAUCUUUAGAGGCUGAUGCAGAAUACCACGCCGUGCUGACUUUUAUUCCUUUCCCGAAACAGUCCGUUGAUCUGUACACCAACGAAACUUUGGACUUUCACACACCACCGCUUGCAGACGAAUACAACUUCUCCGUGGUUGUGUCGCUGGACAACGUGACAGCGAAUGGGAUGAAAGUACGAUGGAGCGGUGCACCGUAUCCACCGGAAAAGUACGUGAACGUGUACCAAGUGGUAUACCAGCCAGCUGGACAGCUGGACCCGUCGAGUAAAUUUUUCGUUCCGCCGGAAGACCCUCCGGUCGCUGCAUUGGAGGGUCUGAAGCCAAGGACGUCGUACCAUGUUUGGGUUAGGGCGUAUUUGCGCAACGGGAAAAUAAGGCGCUCGAAUGUCAUUGAAGUGCUCACUCCGCAGGAAGUUGCCCUGGUUGAGGUUGGAAAUGAAUUGGAAGUCAAAGGUCAAACAUCAGCCCAACGCGAGACGAGUGGACAAGGAAAGGAUUCAAAUUCAGGCGGCGUGAGCUAUUUCGGCGCCAUGAUUGCGCUGGCAAUUUUCGCCGCCGUGGCGAUCGUCGGGCUAGUCGUGGUCAUCGUGCUUUUAUUCCGACGUCAGACUCGAGCUAAAGGAGUGGAAAUCUCGGAAGGGAAGCCGUAUUCUGUGCACCAGUCUUCAAUCCCAGUGGGUGUGGGCGCUCAGAGUUCCCCAUCCUCGCCAGCCUACCAGAAUCCGUCGUUCAAAGUAGGAAUGAAAACAUUGAAUGAUCCUUACCGGGAACCAGAAACCCUGCAGUCGGGUAACUCGCACGAAAACCGUCCAAGCAGCGGCGUGUGCGCCCGGAAGUUUGGAAACCCCGUCGGAACAGAUCCGUUCGGGAAUGUGCCGGAGAAUCGAAAGCGGGGGGAUCGCUUUUCUGUGCGUCAAGCGCGAAAUCUCGAGACUGCCGGGCUGUCAGAUAGUUGGAACUGCGCGCGGCUUUGGGAAACGCCGCCGAAUUAUCGCGGUGCUGAAAGCGGGUCCCGCGCGGGACCGCAGUAA